GCGUAACGCGUCCGUUCGGCCAAUCAACGUGAGCUCCACCGACAAAGGGGCGGAACGGCCGUCGUCAUUACGUGAGCUCCACCCACGAGGGUGUGGAAACGGUCGCCGUCAUUUUAGCCCAAUGAAAACAAGCUCGCGUCUGACCACCGGACGGUUAUUAGCUGCCAAAAAAAGAAGAAGAACAGAAACCUCUUAUCGUAAUAUCCAUAUCACUCAAUUCUCGUAAACGGAUGAAUUGGGAUGUCUGCCACAGACUGGUACGCUCACAAGUCUCUCGGCGAUGGGAUGUUCUGGAUCCAAGAGCGGUUCUACCAGUCUGAAAAUCGGGCCAACAUUUGGCUGCUGCGCGGAUCGCACCAGGACGUGGUGAUAGACACGGGUUUGGGUCUGAGGAGCUUACCGGACUACAUCAACGCGAAGGGGCUGCUCGGCGGGGAUCCGCAAAGGAAAAACCCGCUGCUGGCGAUCGCCACCCACGCCCACUUCGACCACUCCGGCGGCCUGCACCAGUUCCAACAGGUGGGCGUCCACAGCGCAGAGGUCGAAGCCUUGGCCAACGGAGACAACUUCGAGACGGUCACCUGGCUCAGUGACAGAGAGAUAGUCCAGGCUCCGGCUCCAGGAUGGAGGGCACGGCAGUACAAGGUUAAAGCCGUGCAGCCCACGCAUAUACUACAGGAGGGUGACGUAAUCAAUCUCGGUGACCGGCAACUGACGGUGCUUCACAUGCCUGGUCACUCUCGGGGCAGCAUCUGCCUGCAUGACCGUGACAACAAGUUGCUUUUCAGCGGGGAUGUGGUGUAUGACGGUGCCAUGAUCGACUGGCUGCCCUACAGCCGUGUCAGUGACUACAUCGGCAGUUGUGAGCGACUGGUGGGGCUCGUGGAAAGUGAACAGGUUGACCAGGUCCUUCCGGGACACUACAACACCUUCGGAGGGAAACGGCUCAACCGGCUCGCGUCCACGUACAUCACCAGAGCCGGAACCUGCCCCGCAAAGUUCUCCACAUUUGCCUGGAGGACUCUGGCGGGGUUGGCGCUACGGGCAUCCAACCCACGGAGCGGCUGCUAGCGAGAAGGUAUGGGAGUUGGCGAUAGCAAAAGCAGGCAUGAAAUGUUUGCUGACUCUGGUGGACAGGGUCGAGGGUCAGAAGGGCAGAAAUCCCCUCGUUGGUCUUUAUGUCACAAAGUGACAUUGUUUUACUUAUGCAGCCCUUCAGAAUUCAUGUAUUUAUCAAACAGUCUGUAGAAUGGCCCGAGUGGGGCGUGAAUCAGUCAGCGCCAUAUAGAGCAUAUACUGUAUUUGUGAUUGUGAACAUGUGUUUAUUUGGUUUAACAUGGUUGAAUGGAUGAUUUUAUACUGUCAGCACUUCAGUGAAGAAACAAGGGCACAACAAUGGUAUAACUCAGCACUGCGAACAGAGAGUAGGAAGCUUUGAGCUCUGCUCUGAGACCUACCUUACAUGAGUAAAUAUGGCCAUAGUAUUUCUCUAUGCAUACAACAAUGCUCAGUGAAGACUUGGUGUCAACUACCUCCUGUGUUAGUAACAGUGCUUUGUACUAUUAAAUUGUAUGACUUCAAAAAUAAAAACUAAAUAAAUAAA